AUGUUUGUCACUGUGAUGUUUGGAGCUGGUUGCCAGGAGCUGGUGAACCCCCGGUGCAGCCUGGUGAACUUCACUGUGCAUCUGAAACAGAAGGCCCAGGUCCCCCCAGAUGUGACCAUUGCCCUCCUGGCUGAGGAUGGGCACCUUGUGAAGUUAGAAGAGGAAGUUACCCAGGCCCCUUCCAUGGCCUGUUCCCUGCUACAGGAGCAAGGGACCUAUGUCCUGGUACAGGUCAUUAAAGGGAAAGAUGGGACCCUCACCCACUAUGAGUCAUUACUGGACAACCUGGAUGACCAAUAUCCAGAGUUAGCAGAGGAGCUAUGCUGGCUCGCUGGCUUUCCAACCACAAGCAAUGGUCCGAGAAGACGCACGGGCGUCCGACGUGGCCACCGGGAACAAGGUCCCUCUUCCAAGUCUCGAAGGGUGACCUCCCUCUCAUCUAGAAACCGCUAA